AUGGCAAACGUCAUGCAGCUAGGAUGUUGCCAUGACAAAGCUGCUUGCAGACAGUUAAUUAUGAGUUGUUACCCAGGUUCAAGGUUCGAAGGAACAAGCAAUGUUGAACCUGGCGCGGUUUGCAAAGAGCACAAGAACCAGCUUUACACUACGUGGUAUGACAUGAAAGAAGUGUUUGAUUCAACUAAUCACGAGUAUCUGAUUAAGUGCUUUGAAAGGCUUAACAUGCCAUCUUGGAUCAGCAGGUUUCUGAGAAUCGUCACUUCCAGAUGGUCGGUUACAUUGAAGAGCAAUGAAGAAACUAUAAUGGAGAAGAAAAUAAAACGAAGAAUUCUCCAAGGUGAUAGCCUUUCUCCGCUGCUACUCGUGCUGUGCAUGGACCCGUUCAACCGUUGGCUUAAUAUAAGGUACUGA